AUGCUUCAGCUGUUGCUGCUUUUAGGGUUUUGCACCCUUGGAGUUUGUCUUCCUCGUCAGUAUCACUUUGUGAAUGAGAGCAAGACCUGGUAUGAAGCACAGAGUUACUGCAGAGAGCAUUAUGUCGACUUAGCAAGCAUUGAUAGCGUUGAAGAAGCGCUGCAGCUUAUUAGCUUAGUAGACAUCAGGAAGAGUGUCCCAACGUGGAUUGGCCUGUAUGACGAUCUGAACAGCUGGAAAUGGUCUCUGGAGGAUGAUGACUUCUACAAGGGGGAUGAGAGAAAGUUCAGAAACUGGCACAUACAGAAACCUGUAAACUGGUACGGGAACAGCUUCUGUACCUCUAUUACAACCUAUGAUAUGACAUGGAAUGAAGAACCAUGCUUUUCAGCACUGCUACCUAUAUGUUAUGAUGGACGUGAAAAUGCCAGUGAAAGAUAUGUUGUGAUUUAUUCACAAAUGAACUGGACUGAAGCUCAGACAUACUGCAGAGAACAUUACACAGACCUCGUCAGUAUAAGGAACGAGACUGAGCACCAGGAAAUCAUCAUCUUAUUAAAAUCAUUAACCCGUUAUAUCAUGACCGCAUGGAUCGGCCUGUAUAGAACCAGGUCUUGGUCAGAUAAAAGCAACUCUUCUUUCAGCAACUGGAAACCAGGGCAACCAGAUAACCUUGGACAGAGGGAAUACUGUAUAGCUGUGUCAUUUGAUGACUUUGGCCAAUGGACCACUGAAAACUGCAUUCUUACUAUGCCAUUUUUCUGCUACAAUGCAACAUCACCCACAUCUGUUCGUCAGUAUCACUUUGUUAAUGAGAGUAAGAACUGGACUGAGGCACAGAGUUACUGCAGAGAGUAUUACACUGACCUGGCCACCAUAGAUAACAUGGAGGAAAUGAACAUGCUCAUUAACACAGUAAAUGGCAGCUACUCUGGUUUAGCCUGGAUUGGACUGUAUGAUGAUCUGGAUGGCUGGAGAUGGUCUCUGGAUAAUGAUAGUUUCUACAAGGAGGGAGAGAGAGAUUACAGAGGGUGGUACCAGCAGCCUGACAACAAUGAUGGAAAUGAGCUGUGUGCUUGUAUGAGUUUUUCUGGGACGUGGUUUGACAUGCUAUGUAUCUCAAAUUAUAAGUUUAUUUGCUAUGAUGGAAAGACUAAAAGUUACAUCAUGAUUCACAAGCAAAUGUCUUGGCCAGAUGCCCAGCAUUACUGCAGAAAUAAUCACACAGACCUGGCCAGUGUGAGGAACAUGACAGAAAAUCAGAGAAUUGCCAAUAUUGCAGGUGGCUCUGAGGUAUGGAUUGGUCUAUAUAGAACCAGACUCUGGUCAGAUCAGCACAAUUCUUCAUAUGAAAACUGGAGACCAGACCUCUAUGAUGUGCCUGAAGAACCUGACAAUGGUUUGACUGUUAUGGGAGCAUACUGUAAUCAGCACUGUACCGCUAUAUCAUUCAGCGAUUCAGGCCAGUGGACUGAUGAAAACUGCUUAGCCACACUGCCUUUUGUGUGCUACAACAGUGAGUUCUUCUCUCGAUCCUCAUGUGUCCCUCAUCAGUAUCACUUUAUUAAUGAGCCAAAGACCUGGGCAGCAGCACAGAGGUACUGCAGAGAGAAUUACACUGACCUGGCCACCUUUGAUAAUGUGGAGGAGGUAAACAGGGUCAUUAUGACAGUAGGUAGUAGUUACUCUGGUUUAGCCUGGAUCGGACUGUAUGAUGACCUGAACAGCUGGAGAUGGUCUCUGGAUGAAGAUGGUUUCUACAAGGAGAAUGAGAGGAACUUUAGAAACUGGUUCAUAAUGAAACCUAAGAACCCAGGUGGAAACAGGCUAUGUGUGUACUUUUCAGAUUUGGAUGGCACAUGGUAUGAGUACCCUUGCAACUCUAACUUAAGAUUCAUUUGCUAUAAUGGGAGGGAGGGUGCCAGUGAAAGAUAUGUUGUGCCUUCUGAGUACCUGACCUGGACUGAAGCUCAGACUUACUGCAGAGACAAUCACACAGACCUGGUCAGUGUGAGGAACGACACUGAGAACCAGGAGAUAAAAUCAUUACUUAAGUAUUAUAAUUCACGUUUUUGGAUCGGCCUGUACAGGACCAGGUCUUGGUCAGAUAGGAGCAACUCUUCUUUCGGCAACUGGAAACCAGGACAACCAGAUAAUGCUGGGGAGAAUGAAUACUGUACAGCUGUGUCAUUUGAUGACUUUGGCCAAUGGACUGAUGAAAACUGCAAUCAGGUCUUUCCUUUUCUCUGCUACAGUGCAAUAUCAUCUCGUCAGUAUCACUUUGUUAAUGAGAGUAAGAACUGGACUGAAGCACAGAGUUACUGCAGAGAGCAUUACACUGACCUAGCCACCAUUGAAAACAUGGAGGAAAUGGAUAUGCUCAUUAACACAGUAAAUGGCAGCUACUCUGGUUUAGCCUGGAUUGGACUGUAUGAUGAUCUGGACAGCUGGAGGUGGUCUCUGGAUAAUGAUAGUUUCUACAUGGAGGGAGAGAGAGAUUACAGAGGAUGGUUUCGUGAACCUGACAACUACGAGGGAAAAGAGUUGUGCGUAUACAUGUCUGGAACAGGAGGGUGGUUUGAUAUUCCCUGUUUCUACAAAUUUGGAUUUGUGUGCUAUAACGGUAAGAACAACACAUAUGUUUAUACCUCUGAAGAAAAGACUUGGUCAGAGGCUCAGAUCUUCUGUAGAACAGAUUACACUGAUCUGGCCAGUGUGAGGAAUGAGACAGAGCUACAGGAAAUCCUGAAAGUCUCAAAUGGACAGAAAGUAUGGAUCGGUCUGUAUAGAAACCGACUGUGGUCAGAUCAGAGCAAUUCUUCUUUCUUAUAUUGGAGACCACAUGUUGGAUCAGCACAUUCAGAGCCUGAUAAUGGUAUGUAUUCAAUGGAAUAUGGACAUUUUAGAGAUCAGCACUGUACAGCUGUGGAUCUACAACAUUCAGCCCAGUGGACCGAUGAAAAAUGCUUAGUCAGGUUCCCUUUCAUCUGCCACAGUGGUCCUGUGGUGGGACUGCGAAUGAAAGUCAAAGCUGCAGGCAAUCUGGCACAAUCUCAGAUUGAGGACUUGCUGCUAGUGCAGCUUCAACAUGAAUUCAGUACAUUGGGAUUUCCCAGCAACUUCACUGUAAAAGUGAAAAAAAUCAGAAAGACCAGUCCAUGA